AUGGCUUCCGAAGAUCACAGUGGAGAAGUGGCCGCGUCACUCCACCUAGCGAAGGAGAUGAGACUGCACGGGAAACGUGACAAGGCCACCAAGCUGUACCAACACGCGCUGGCCCUGGACCCGCACAAUGUGGAGGUUCUGACAGAGUAUGGGGAGUUUCUGGAGGAGGAACACAACUACAUGGAGGCUGACCACAUGUACACUAAAGCCCUGACUGUCCGUCCUGGACACACACAGGCCCUCACUAACCGUCUGCGUACGCUGCCACAAGUCAUGGAAUAUGAGAGAAGGUAUUUCACCGCCAUCGACAAGAAGAGAGACCUUCUCAUCCAGGUCCCCCUCAACAACGCGGCCCUCCGCCGCAUCAAGCAGGAGUCCUACUACUUCUACAUCUACCACACCAACGCCAUCGAGGGGAACACUCUGUCCCUCGGACAGACCAGGGCAAUCCUGGAAACCAGGAUGGCAGUCGGUGGAAAGAGCAUUGUGGAACACAACGAGGUGAUCGGUAUGGAUGAAGCUAUGAAAUACCUCAACAACACUCUGAUGGACAGGAUUGGAGCGAUCAGGAUAGAGGACAUCAUGGAGAUCCAUCGCAGAGUGUUGGGCCACUGUGAUCCACUAGACGCGGGGCACUACCGAAGGACACAGGUUUACGUAGGAAGGCACAUCCCCCCGCAUCCUAUCGAAGUGGAGAACAAGAUGCUUGAGUUUAACGAGUGGUUGAACUCGGACGAGGCUCUGAGCCUACACCCGAUUCAGUUCGCCGCCAUCGCUCACUACAAGCUAGUGUUCAUCCAUCCGUUUGUGGAUGGUAAUGGCAGGACAGCGAGGUUACUUAUGAACCUCAUCCUCAUGCAGGCAGGGUUUCCACCGGUCACGAUAAAACUGGAGGAGAGACACGAGUACUACGAAGCCCUGGUCAAAGCCAACGAGGGAGAUGUCCGACCAUUCGUACAGUUUGUGGCCAAGUGCACAGAGAGAACAUUGGACGAGUACCUCUACGCUGUGGAGGAAAACCCCACCAAAGACUGGCCGCAUUUAUCAAGGCUUGAUGACGGGAAAGUCAUCAUUAUCGACUGAAAAGUCACCAGAAGAAGAAAAAUCACCCUUGCCAUUUUCAGUGGUAGUGAGCUCCUUAAAUGUUCUCAUUUGACAAUGAUUUAGUAUUUAUCAUCUUUGACUUGUGUAUAUGUUUUAGUGCCAAAUGCUGUAUUUAUUACAACAAAACCUUUCUGUGCUUCUCUGUCUUUUACCAGGUGAUGAUGAUUCUAAAUCAUAUAGCUUGUGUCUGACAGGCCUAUUUCCUUGACAGUGUACUGGGAACUGGAAUAUUUUGAUGCCCAGUUUUAUUUUUGUUUCAGUUUAUUUCUUUAUUAAUGAAAUAUGUAUGUUGUAUUGACCCACACAAUUUUGAUUUCCAGCCACAAAAUGUUGUCGUAAAAGUUGGCAUGAAAACUUCUC